AUGUGGCUCUUGGAGAAGGCCGGCUGCAGGCUGGGGGCCGCCGAGCCCGCGGCCAGGGGGGCGCCCUCCAGCCUGCUCCCCGCGCGCCGGGCCCCGGGCCCAGCCCCGUGCGCCUUCCCCAACGUCCUCACCCCCGACCGCAUCCCGCAGUUCUUCAUCCCGCCGCGGCUCCGGGACCCGGGCGGCGCGCAGCCCCGGGCCGGGCCCCGCGUGGGCGCCCGCAGCCUGCCCGCGGCCUGCUCGCUGCCGCACCUGGCCGGCCGCCAGGGCUGGGCCUUCCUGCCCGAGAGCCCGCACACGCGCCGGCGCGAGUCCCUCUUCCUCUCGCCGCCCGGCCUGGCCGCGGGGCUGUCCCCGGCGCAGUCCCGCCUGUACGUCUCGGCCCCGGACCUGCGCCUGUGCCGGGCCCCCGACAGCGACGCGGCCCCGUCGCCCUUCGGCUCCCCGCGGCGGCGCCGGCCGCACUCGCUGCCCCGGGAGGAGGCCGCCCCGUCGGACCGCGGCCCGCCCGCGCCGCCGCUCUUCCACCUGGACGUCCUCUGCUGCCAGCUGCGGCCCACCAAGGACAGCGUGCUGCGCCUCGGGCCGCGCGGCGGGCAGCUGCGGCUCUCGGCCGAGUACCAGGCCGGGCCCGGGCGGCUGCGGCUGCGCCUCGUGAGCGCCGAGGCCCUCCCCCGGCCUCGGGCCGGCCCGGGCAGCGGCGGCGGCGGCUGCUGCGUGGUGCUCCGGCUGCAGCCCCGCGUGCGGCCGCGCGCCCAGCGGAGCCGCGUGGUCAAAUGCAGCGCCAACCCCAUCUUCAACGAGGACUUCUUCUUCGACGGGCUCGGCCCGCCAGACCUGGCCGCCCGCAGCCUGAGGGCCAAAGUGCUGGACCGAGGCGCGGGGCUGCGCCGGGACGUGCUGCUGGGCGAGUGCGAGACGCCCCUCAUGGCCCUGCUGCCGCCCUUGGGUGGGGGGCUCGGCCCUGGGUCUUCUCUGGUGCCCGCCCACCUCAGCCUGUAG